CCCUGGUGUCUUGGGAUGUGUUGAUGGUACUUUUAUCCGCAUCCAAACUCCUACUGAAAAUGAGCCUGAUUAUGUGAAUAGAAAAGGAUAUCAUUCUUUAAAUGUCAUGAUGACCUGUGAUGCUAAUUUUAUGGUGACCAACUGUGUUGCCAAGUGGCCAGGAUCUUGUCAUGAUUCAAGGGUUUUCCGAGAAAGUGUUCUCUGUCAGCAGUUUGAGAAUGGUCAGCAUAAUGGUAUACUUUUGGGGGACUCCGGGUACCCUUGUCGGACAUAUCUAAUGACGCCUUACAACAAUACCAAUGAUGUCAGGUACAGAGAGCGAUACAACAGUGCACUGUGUAGAACACGAGUCCUUAUCGAGCAGACAUACGGCAUACUAAAGAGAAGAUUCCCUUGCCUUUCCAUUGGCCUUAGAACAAGCCCAGAAAGAGCCUGUCAGUAUGUGAUAACCUGUGUUGUCCUGCAUAACAUAGGGAUCCUGAGGCAAGAUAUUGUGUCCCUUGACCCACGUGACCUAAUCAUAGCCGGCCCAGAUGUGGAUGAGAUCAAUCACGGUAACAACAAUGGUUUUGGAUACAGAGAACUCAUUGCCAGACAAUGUUUUGAUUACUAAUUAAUAUCUCAGGCCAUUCUCUUCUUAAUUCAUGAGAAACUAGGAAAGAAUAAUAAUUUAUAACUUGUUCAGUUCUUACAUAAUAUACAGUCAUAAUCACAAAGCAGAAGUCAUUUAUAAAUUUAUACUGCUUGCAGUUUAUUUAAUGUUUUCUCCCAAUAUCAGUUAAAUCACACAGUGCACUGUUGUAUCACUCUCUGUACCUAGUACAUCAUUGGUAUUGUUGUAAGGUUACAAACAUACCAUUACAUUUCAGUAUGUAUCUGUCAGUGUGAUAAAUCAUUAUCAUUAAUAGUAAUAUUCUGUGUUCGUUUUAGCAAUUAUUACAACUACCAGUAUAUGAAAUAUAUUUACCUUAAUAGUUCUACCAGUAUAUUAUA